AUGUCAUCUCAACCAGAACAUCCGACUCUGCUCAUCCCGGGUCCCAUUGAGUUCGAUGAUGCUGUAUUACAGUCCAUGAGCCAUUACAGUGAGUCGCAUGUCGGACCGGGUUUCGUUGCUACGUUUGGCGAGGCAUUGUCGAUGCUACGUAAGCUCUUCCAGACUACCUCGCCAUCUUCACAACCUUUUGUCAUCUCGGGAUCCGGUACGCUUGGUUGGGAUUUAGUAGCAGCAAACCUCGUCGAACCUGGCGAAGAUGUCCUAGUUCUCAGCUCCGGUUACUUUAGCGAUGGUUUCGCCGAUUGUCUUACAGUCUACGGUGCAAAGGUCGAUCUUCUGAAAGCCCCCGUCGGCAGUCGGCCGCAAUUGCCCGAAAUCGAGCAGGCAUUGAAGAGCAAAAAGUACAAGGUUAUCACAGUAACACAUGUCGAUACAUCGACAGGUGUGCUGAGCGAACUCCAGAAGCUUUCCGAGACGGUUCAGAGAGUGUCACCUGACACAUUACUUAUCGUGGAUGGCGUGUGCAGUGUAGCUAGCGAAGAGAUCGAUUUCGAUGCGUGGAAGCUAGACGGUGUAAUAACAGCAAGCCAAAAGGCCAUCGGCUGCCCUGCGGGCUUGUCCAUUUCGAUGUUCAGUGGUAAGGCGAUCAACGCCUUCAAGGCGAGAAAGAGCCCACCGGCAUCAUACUUUGCUUCGAUGAAGAACUGGACACCUAUCAUGCAAAAUUACGAAGCAAAGAAGCCUUCGUACUUCGCAACUCCAUCGCCGCAACUUAUCCAUGCGCUCCACACAGCACUAACCCAGAUCCUUACCAAGCCCCUCGCCGAAAGGUUUGCUAGGCACCGAGAGGUAUCUGACAAGAUCAAGAAUACCGUGGCAGAGCUGGGUUUAAAACAAGUCGCAGCCAACCCGGAAGACCAGGCCCACGGUAUGACGGCCGUCUACCUACCCGAAAAUGUUAAAGCCACCGAUCUACUUCCAAAGCUUGCAAAGAGUGGCGUUGUCUUUGCCGGUGGUAUCCAUAAGGAAAUCGCCGCCAAAUAUGUACGCUUCGGACACAUGGGUGUUAGUGUGACCGAUCCUGCGAGAACAGAUAUUGAUAAGGCGAUAGCUGCGCUGAAGAGUGGGCUUGCUGACUGCGGGUAUCAAAAAGCGUAA